CCGCGCGCCUCGGACCGGUAUGGCGGUGUCUGUGCUCCAACCCGGCACACACACUGAGCUCACACACACUGAUAACACACUUUGAGGACACACUCUGAACACACACACACUCUGAGCGCUCCGCUCCAUCACUGCUCCGCGCGCCUCUCCGGUACUGACGGAUUACUGCUGAGCCGGUGCCUUUGGUUUCCUCCCACUGUGACUUCAGCACUACCACUGUCCCCGCUCCCCCACCCCAUAUACCGACUGGGAGGUCUGCAGCAACCUUUGAAGGCUUCAGGUCAGCGGCGGGUGGAGAGAUGAAGACGUGCUGCCUGAUCCUGGCGGUGCUGCUGCUCCCCAGCAUCCAAGCAGUGUGUCCUGAUAAGGAGCCAGGACUGCAGACAUGGAUGCCCGGGCACAGCGAGGACCACCGUGUUACCAUCGGUUACGGCAGGAAGGUCCUCCUCACAACUUCAGCCACAGUCCACUCCAUUGAGAUCCUCAGUGGAGGAAAGCUGGUGAUUGCUGACACCAACAGGGCCAUACUGCUGCGAACAAAACACAUUCUGAUUGGGAACAAAGGGGAGCUGCACAUUGGAAGCAGAGACUGUCCUUAUAAAGGCAACCUCACCAUCUCCCUUUUUGGAAGAUUGGAUGACAGUGAUAAGGAUCACAGCUACUUUGGAAGAAAGUACAUUGGCGUGGGGACAGGAGGGACCUUAGAGAUCCACGGACAAAAGAAGCUGUCGUGGACGUUCCUCAACAAGACUCUGCACCCUGGAGAGAGCAACCAGAACAACUACCUGUUCCAGAGAAGCUGGGGCAGCAGAGGCAUCAUUAUCCACGCCAUUGACCCAAAAACCGGAGAGGUGCUGCACAAUGACAGGUUUGACACGUAUCGCAGUAAGGAUGAGAGUCGGCGACUUGCUAAGUAUGUGGAUGGUGUGGGGGCGGGGCUUAUUCUGGCCUUGAUGGUCAAUGAUGAGGGCUCCAACAACCUGGAGGACUCGGCCAAGAAAAUCCUUUUUAGACUGGGCAGCCAACACAUCAACACUCUGGGAUUUCGACAUCCUUGGACCUUUAUAGUCAAAAAGGGAGACCCUACCUCUGCUGUGGAGAGUCACGCUUCCUAUCAAGGGACCAAGGCCUCCUCAGAGGCUCGGAGCACUCAUGUUUUCCGGUCAAAUUAUGGGGAGCAGUUUACUAUUACCACCAGCAGCCAGUGGGUGCAAGAGGCAGAGUGGACCGAGUGGUUUGACAGGGACGAUGAGAGGGGCUCUGGAGACUGGGAGAAAUUGUCCGACCUGCACGAAGCUUACCCAGACAAACUGUGCAGCAGUCCUCUCGACAUCCAGGCUGAGACCCAUGAUGGCAUAGCGGCCAACCAGACGGGAGAUGAGAUCCAUAAGAAUGAUAAGGACUACGGCUUUGUCUGCCUCAACAAAGACCAGACUCAUGGCCUCUGUCGCAACUACAGAGUUCGCUUCCUCUGCGGAAAGCUGGUUCGUCCUCAGGCCUCCGUCUCCAUCGACAUGUUGUCCAACAGCAGCAUCCUUGAGCUGGCGGACGAACCGCAGGGCUGGAGGUCCGGGGAUCGUGUGGUGGUCGCCAGCACUGACUACUCCAUGCACCAGGCGGAAGAGUUCCCCCUGAUGCCCUGCUCCAGCUGCACAUCCAACCAGGUCAAGGUCCAAGGUAAGGCCAAGUUCAUCCACAUGGGUGAGGAAGUAGACGGGGUGGACAUGAGGGCAGAGGUGGGCCUGCUGAGUCGUAACAUCCUCAUCCGUGGUGAGAUGGAGCCCGGCUGCUACGGCAACGAGGCCUGCAACUUCUUCGACUUCGAUACUUUCGGUGGACACGUGAAGGUGGAGCGGGGCUUCCGGGCGGUCCAUAUAUCCGGGGUGGAGCUGCAGCACAUGGGCCAGCAGACAAUGGGACACUACCCGGUUCAUUUCCAUAUGAACGGAGACGUGGAUGAGAGGGGAGGCUACAACCCCCCCACAGCUGUCACCGACCUGUCCAUCCACCACUCCUUCUCCCGCUGUGUCACCAUCCACAGCUCCAACGGAUUGCUGGUGAAGGACGUGGUGGGCUACGACACGCUGGGCCACUGUUUCUUCACCGAGGACGGUCCAGAGGAGAGGAACACGUUCGACCACUGCCUGGGUCUGAUGGUGCGAGCUGGGACUCUGCUGCCUUCAGACAGAGACAGCAAAAUGUGCCGACACAUCACCGAAGGAGCGUACCCAGGAUAUGUAGCCAACCCGCGGCAGGACUGCAGCGCCACUUCAACUUUCUGGAUCGCCAACCCCAAUAACAACCUCAUCAACUGUGCUGCUGCAGGCUCCGAGGAAACAGGUUUCUGGUUCAUCUUCCACCAUGUCCCCACUGGUCCCUCAGAGGGCCUGUACUCUGCUGGACGCACUGAACACACACCAAUGGGCCAGUUCACCAACAACAGAGCGCAUUCCAACUACAGGGCUGGAAUGAUCCUUGAUAAUGGAGUAAAGACCACCCAGGCCAACGACAAGGACAAGAGACCCUUCCUGUCUCUGAUUGGAGCCAGGUAUGGCCCCCACCAGGAUGCCGACCCCUUCAAACCCAGGGUCCCGGCUCUGAUCCACCACUUUGUAGCCUAUAAGAACCAGGACCAUGGAGCCUGGCUGAGGGGAGGUGACGUGUGGCUGGAUGACUGCCAAUUUGCUGAUAAUGGCAUCGGCCUCACUCUGGCGAGUGGAGGGACGUUCCCGGAUGAUGACGGCUCUCGUCAGCAGGUGAUAAACUCUCUGUUUGUGGGUGAGAGUGAGAACCGCGGGAUGCCCGUCCCUGACAGCAGGAUCUGGGGCCCUGGGGGUUCCGACCACACCGGCAGAACGCUGCCACGCGGCGUUGAUUUCCCAAUCCGAGGCAUGCAGAUCUAUGACGGGCCCAUCAACAUGCAGAACUGCACAUUCCGGAAAUACGUGGCUUUGGAUGGACGGCACACCAGCGCUUUCGCCUUCCGGCUCAACAACUCAUGGCAGAGCUGCCCCAACAACAACGUCACCGACAUCACCUUUGACCACGUACCUAUCACGUCUAGGGUGUUUUUCGGGGAGCCGGGUCCCUGGUUUAACAAGAUGCAGAUGGACGGGGACAAGACGACCAUUUUCCACGACAUGGAUGGCUCGGUCAGCGAGUAUCCCGGAGCCUUCCUGGUGAAGGAGGACAACUGGCUGCUGCGGCACCCCGACUGCAUCGACGUGCCCGACUGGAAGGCCGCCAUCUGCAGCGGCCACUACGCUCAGAUCUAUGUCCAGACCCGUAACCCUGCCAACCUGAACAUGCACAUAGUGAAGGAUGAGUACCCUGACCGGCCGCUGACUCUAGAGGGCGCUCUGGGCAAGAAGAAGCACUACCAGCAGUUCCAGCCCGUGGUCACACUGGCCAAGGGCUACACCAUCCACUGGGACCAGGCGGCGCCUGCUGAGGUCACCAUCUGGCUUAUCAACUUCAACAAGAACGACUGGAUCAACGUCGGCCUCUGCUACCCACAAGGCACCAACUUUACCGUGAUCGCCGACAUCCACAACCGCCUGACCAAGCAGACCCGCAAGACCGGCGUCUUCAUGAGGACCACGCAGAGGGACAAGAUCAACCACUCCCAGCUGGCCCGAGGAUACUACUACUGGGAGGAGGACACUGGCCUGCUCUUCCUGAAGGCUAAGGCUCAUAACGAGAGGGAGCAGUUUGCCUUCUGCUCUGCAAAGGGCUGUGAGAGGGUGAAGAUCACCGCCGUCAUCCCCAAAGGCAGCCCCCCCAGCAACUGCAUGGCCCAGACCUACCCACGACACGCUGAGAUGCCCGUUGUGGAUGUACCAAUGCCCAAAAAAAUACCUAACGCCAGGCUGCAAUCACCAGAACACUUCCUGGAAGUCAUUCUGGAGUCCUACAGCACGCGGUUCUUCCACAUCAAGGAGGACUUUGCCUUUACUGAGGUGAACGGCAAGAAGAUGUACCAACCAGAGGACGGGGUGCAGCUGACAGUAAUUGACGGGCAUGAUGGGAAGUUGGUGGAGAACAAAGGCUUCAGGAACGCCAUCUUACAGGGCAUCCCUGCACAGAUCGACAACUACGUCAGCGGGCUGAGAGACGGUUCCAUCGUCCUUGUCACGUCCAAGGGCAGACUGGUGACCCGAGGACCGUGGACCAGAGUCCUGGAAAAACUUGGAGCAGACAAAAGUUUCAAAUUGAAAGAUAAACUGGCUUUCGUGGGCUUCAAGGGCUCCUUCCACCCUGACUGGAUCAAUAUGGAAGUACACUCUGAGCGAGCCAAGAUCCACCAGGUGCUGCCCAUCCCUGUGGUCCACAAGAUGAAGCUAUGAGAGUGGGGAGGAUCACCAAGAGACUUAUGUAGCCCCCAGGAGAUUUUAAACACAAUUCCAUCCCCACCACCACCUCCUAUCCCCCCCAAAAAAUGCACCCACUUACACAUACACGCUGCCAGCACUGCAGAGUCAGUUGUCCAGGAUCAGUGGAGUUUUUUUAUUUUCAGUUUGGCGGUGAGAAAGAAUGAUGUGAUUUGGUGUGACGUAAAGGGGAUGAAGGAGCUGUGUCAGAGUGGGUAAGAGAUUCAGUAGAGGGAUUCAAGGUUCAACACAUUCUCUGGUGGCCAUAUUGGAUGCUAUCAGCUAAGCUAACAGUGGCACAGUACAACCAAGGAAGCGUGUUGGCCGCAGAAGCACAUUUUUCGUAGUGGCCAAACGGUGGCACUACAUCUGUUAGACCUUGAUGACGUUGACCCCAAAAAAAAAAUGUCCAUGGACUUGAACUACCCAGUACAACCACUUUUAUAGUCCUUAAAUCAUAACUGUCCAAAAGUUAUAAGGUGUUAAAAGCUGAAGCCAGAGUUGUAUUCCCUCUAUUCAUUUGACUGAGCUGAGAGCAAGAGAUCGGGGGCUUAAAGACAACUCAAGUACUCUAUGGGUUAGAGUCGCCGGAUGACCUGGGUACUCUCUGAAUCUCCUGUCGCCCCAUUUUGGGGCUUAAUGCGCCACUGAGUAACUUUAAAAAGAAUGAACGGGGUCUUACAUCUGCCGGUGUUUUCCAGCUCUCUUUAUACAUCCAUGGAACAGACAUUAAUAGGAAUUAUUCAUUGGUUUUCCAUUACAUUUCAUUGUCAUGGACAACUUUAACAUUGACAAUGAAAUGUAAUUAACUAACUCCUCUAAAGAUGCACCUUGUAAAGCUUUGCAGAAAAAAACGUAGACUGUCCUCUGACUUACUUCACCAUUAAUUUACCCCCGCAGUCUGACAUCUAUAGCCACAAUGUGAAUACCCUUUGGGGUCAGAGUUAGAAAGAGCUGUUUAUGGUUGAGCUUUGCAUGUAAUGAUGUAGUUCAUACGAUGUGUUGUUUUUGACCUGUCUAAAUGCAAAAUGGUAGUCCUUAGAAGGAGGGUGAAGAAUUUAAGAUUAAGAUUCAACUUUAUUGUCAUUGCACAGAGUACAAGUACUAGGACAACGAAAUGCGGUCUCUGCAUUUGACCCAUCCUAGUGUUAGGAGCAGUGGGCUGCCAUUAUGUACGGCGCCCGGGGAGCAGUGUAGGUAACCAGUGUCUUGCUCAGGGACACCACGGUGGCACUUGGUCUUUCGGGGACUUGAACUGGUGACCUUCCAGUUCCCAGGCCAGCCCCCUAUGGACUUCGCCACCACCGCCCUUUGCAGUUUGAUGUGAUAGUAUUGAAAGUGUGGAUAAACACACACACUUUUGGCCAUUCUCUUCUGAAAGGCAUUAAUGUCUAGAACAGAAAUGAGUGAAGAAUGAUAAAGACUCACUGUUCUGCAAACACCAGGUCAGUCACUGGUGGAAUUGGAGGUGAUUGUCGGUUGUUGAAAGUCACAAACAGCAUGUAGGGAGAUUAGAACACGGUGUGACCAUCAAACCUUAUUUGCAGCAUACUGAUGGAACAGUUAUACGACGCUGUGAGACGAAUGAAGUCAUUGUGUGAAGAAUGAAAAAAGAGAACUUGAGAGAAAUGUGAGAGACGGUAGGAUUAGGUCAUGGGUGUUUUACAUUCCAAAUUGGGGAAGACAUUGGUACGUUGAGAGUACAAUGCUCAAUGAGAGAUUGCACUAAUAGAGCAAUGUAAAACCAAUAGGUUGAAGUUGUUUGAGGGGUGGGUGGGGGGAUUCAGACACGGAGGUCCUCCUGGGAUCCCCUGUGACAUGUAAAAAUUGGAAAGUUGCUCCAACCAAUAGCAAAUAUCUGUUUCAAUUUACUCUAUCCAACAUCCUACCAAUCAUAUACAAGUAUUUGUAUGAGCAGAAAACAUGAUGCCACACAGAUGAAGUCAGAGUAGAGGCCGAUACAAUUGCCAUAAAUGUUCCGCCCCUUGGCCUAUCACGUACAAUGUGUUUGAGCGCUAUCCAAUAGCAGAACGAUUGUUACAUAGUGAUGUCAUUAUGUUACAGAAGUAAAUAAAGGAGUCCAAUUGAGGCGUUUCAGGCAGAGGGUAGAGAAACUCCCUCUGGAGAUAACGCAGGGAUUUCAGCCUUUGCAGGCCAUUUACAUGCACUAAAACCUAACACACUACAGGAAAGAGAAACCCCAAUCGAUAAUGAGGCCUCUUUAAAUGCAGGACCUUGACUUGAGUAUUUCUAAAACUGUGGUCUAACUUCUUUUAAUACAGUAAAAGAGCUGAGUACUAUGUCUCAUAACGGCAACAAAUAGUUCUCUGUGAAGUAGAAUCUGUUUUUAUAGUUUAACAAUGACUCACCUUUCCAAGCAGCUUGAGUCCAGUUUGUUCUGGACCAAUCUGACAGUUAGCACAGCAGUCUAAACACACUGAACCAACCGGAGACUGUUUGGAAUAAUAGCCGUCUUUAAUGGUUCGUCUUUUUUGCAAUGUAAUAUUCAAAAGAUACAUCACUGCUGAAUUGAAAACAAAUAGUUGUAUUAUUGAGGUUUCAGAAAAGACUGGGGAGAUAAUCUACCAAAAAAAACAACAAAAAAAAAACACAUUUGAUUUUUCACAUUUAUUCAUUUAUGUUGAUCAUUUAACAACAAAUAUUUCCAUGACUGUUUUCCAGCCUGGUUGUUUGAUGCGUAUUUAAUGACGGGCUGAUCCUCCAAUAGGCCCUCAGCUGCUUGCCGUUUUUUGAUGCGACGGCUAGCCUGUAUAUGAGCAGAGGGAGCAAUGCUAAGAGUGCGAGCUAGCUAAUCUAACGCAUGUAGCCUAUAGAGUUUGUACUUCAGCGAGCAUCUUCCCAUGCAGGGACUCUGUGGUGUGGAGUGUUUCUUUGCUUGGUUAUAUGCCUGCUUUGUUUGAUAAAACUGUUAAAGGAGAGAAAAGAUGAGAAGAAACAAAAAGAGAAACGUUACGUGUUUUGCAUCCAGACCAGUGGUUGUUAACCUGUUUCAAUCCGAGCACUUGAUAUUGUGAUGUUCUCCUCCAAUGUUUUUUCUAUAUCUGUGUUUGUGAUCCAUCCAUCUGUGGAGUGAACCAGCCCAUCAACAUAGCAAAGAUUAAAUUUGAUUCUCCUUUUGAAUGUUAAGUCAAGGAAUGUUUAAAUGUGCAAUGUCCCCUCUUCAAAAUUACAAAGAGAUCUUUGUUUCAAUUUGGCGAGAAAAAAGGAAUCCCCUCCCCAUGCCGAAAUAGCUGGUCUUUUUUCGGAGGUUGUCGCAGUAAUUUAGUGUUUUGUAUGUUUAAUGUGUUUUUCAAAAUCCACAGAGUGCUAAGAGUUAUAUUUUAUACUUAUUUAUUGUACAGACACAGUGUAUCCACUCUACAAGGGCCAGCUCUUAUCUCAUUACGAUACCUGCAUUUUAUUUCAUACUGUCCUGUAUGUACAGUGUAUGUAAGAAACCAUUAUAGGUCCAUUUAAAGGUUUGUAGCAGACACUCACACAGGAAUAUGACUCUUGGUAUAGUUGGCUUCUUCUCACUGUUCACCAAAUGGAUGUGUUGUAUAUGUGGCUUGGGCUUGUAAAGUAAUGAAGCUCCAUCAAUUUCAAUUUCUUUCAGGACUUUUGUACAGAAAUAAAUGAUGUUUGUCUGAA